AUGCGCUUCCUCUGCCUCCACGGACAUGGCACAAAUUCCCAAAUACUUGAGAGCCAACUGGAGCCAUUGAGAGCCCAUCUGCCCACUGAUUGGGAAUUCGACUUUUUGGACGGAGAAAUGGAAGCAGAGCCAGCUACCGGCAUUGACCAAAUAUUUCCAGGGCCAUAUCUCUGCUACCACGGGGAACCGGUGCCCGGCGAUGUGUGGAAUGCAUACAAUCUCAUCUUGGACGUAGUUCGAGACGAGGGCCCAUUUGACGGCGUCAUAGCGUUCUCACAAGGCGCCGCGGUGGCUGCGACAAUAAUUGCCCACGAGGCCAAGAGCAAUCCAGAGGCGGACGUCUUCAGGCUCGCCGUGUUCCUCUCCGCCACCAUGCCUUUUGACAUGGAGGCCGGCACGCUAAAACUGGCGUAUGACGGGCAUGUCGACACUCUAGAGGCAAAAUAUCAGCGCCCAACUAAUACAGAACAUUCCAAGAUGGAUGAAAGUGUCAAUUGGCUUGAAGACUGUCGAACGGCUGGCGUCAUUCAGGAAUUCAAGGCCAGGAGAGCGCAUCUCCUCAGUUCGGGCCAACAGAGCAUGGAGGUCUUGCUCCGCUACCAUCCGUCAAUCCACGAUGUAAAGAUUGGCAUCCCAACAGUCCAUGUGAUUGGUGAGAAGGACAAUUACGCGGAUCACGGCCGUAAUCUGGCGGGGAUAUGCGACCCCAAGGUCUCGCGGGUCGUGACGCAUGAAGGGGGUCAUCAAUUACCUAGAGACGUGCGCAUUCUUGCUAAGACUGCCGAGGCAAUCCAGUGGGCGGUCGACCGGACGCUAUUUCUAUAA